UACUGGCAGGCCAGUGCACAGGCGGGCUCCUGUUCCGUACAUACACUCCCAGCCAUCCCCAAAGAAAAGUCACAGGAUGGGCAACAGUCUGAAAGCCGUGGUUGCUUUCAUGCCCUCUAAUGAGUGCCAGAAGUACCUCGUGGAAGACCUAGAAGACAUGCCAGUGGAUAAAAUGGUGGACCUGAGCGGCAGCCAGCUGAGGCGGCUGCCUCUGCACAUUUGCUCUUUUAGGGAACUGGUGAAGCUGUACCUGAGUGACAACAACCUGAACCAUCUGCCUCCGGAACUGGAGCAGCUGCAAAACCUGCAGAUCCUGGCGCUGGACUUCAACAACUUCAAAGCGCUGCCUCUGGUCGUGUGCACCCUGAAGCAGCUGUGCAUCCUCUACCUGGGCAACAACAAGCUCUGCAGCCUGCCCCUCGAGCUCCGUCUCCUGCAGAAUCUCAAGACCCUCUGGAUCGAGUCCAACUGCCUGCAGUACCUGCCCGAGGUGGUGUGCGAGCUGACUCUGCUCAAGACCCUGCAUGCUGGCUCCAAUGCGCUGCGCACGCUCCCCACGCAGCUGCGGUACCUGCAGGAGCUGCGUACCAUCUGGCUGUCGGGCAACCUGCUGUCUGAGUUCCCCGCUGUGCUCCUGGACAUGCCUUUCCUGGAGGUGAUCGACGUAGAUCGCAACUCCAUCCGGUUCUUCCCCAGCCUGGCUCACCUCCCUGGUCUGAAGUUGGUGAUCUAUGACCAUAACCCCUGCAGGAACGCACCCAAAGUGGCCAAAGGGGUGCGCAGGGUGGGAAGGUGGUCAGAGGAGACUCCUGAACCCCGAAAGCGGUCUGGGGCAGUGGUAGAAAUCCCACUCAAUGAGAGACCAUCGCCACCUCCUGCCAUCAAGCCUGAGCUGGAAGUUGAGCCCUGUUGAUGCUUCAGCUGCCCACUCUCGCAAAGGUGGCAGUGGGCUCACAUCACCACCCAGCCUCUACUUCUCCCUCGCUUGCUGACAUUCAGGGAGCCCCACACUGCCUUGCUAGUCUUCUGGAGUAGGCGCACCAGCUUGAAGCUAGAUGACAGCUAAACCCUCUUGUACAGUCACCCCUUUUGCACAGCACCCAGCACUCUCUAGAGCAAAGAUUUUGUCCUUUUCCCCCUCCACCCAUGUGGGGACCACUCAGAGAUGGCAGCAAAGAUGAGACAGUUCAGAUGUUUUCCAUGGGUGGACUGUGCAGAGCACAAAUGGACUUGCUACUCUUCAUCCAUGGCUCGCCCUUCUCCCCUCCACCUUGCUGAGGUGUCCAAGCUCAGCUGGAUGCCACUAUUCAAAGUGAUUGCUGUUGAGUCACUGCUGUGAAGUAAGCACAGCAUUUGUCUCAAAUGCCUUAUCUGAAACACAGGAACAGCUUGAAGGUUUCCCUCCCUGCCGUGUGGGAAGCAGUAGCAGAGCCCUGACUCUGCUAUCAAGGAAACAGCGCGUACGUAUCAGCAAGCUCUCCUCUUACCAGUGCAGCCUUCCUCCUGGAAAAUUUGCAGCCACGCUUGUUUUGUUAUUGCCAAGCAGGAUUCUAAAUGAUGGUGAGGAAAGCAACAGGCUUUGCUGCUAGUUUCUGUUA